AUGCGUCAGUCGACCAUGAGAGGAAUCGUUUUGACGAGGGGCUCGCGUGGCUUCCACACCACCUCCCUCCUCCGCUCCAAGAUUGUUGGCUCGGCCGAGGAGGCCGUCAAGGACGUCAAGGACGGCUCCAAGCUGCUGGUCGGCGGCUUCGGCCUGUGCGGCAUCCCCGAGAAGCUGAUCGGCGCGCUGCGCACCACCGGCGUCAAGGACCUCACCGUCGUCUCCAACAACUGCGGCGUUGACGACUUCGGCCUCGGCCUCCUCCUCCAGACGCGCCAGAUCAAGCGAAUGAUCUCCUCGUACGUCGGCGAGAACGCCAUCUUCGAGAAGCAGUACCUUUCGGGCGAGCUCGAGCUCGAGCUGAUCCCUCAGGGCACCCUUGCCGAGCGAUGCAGGGCCGGCGGCGCCGGUAUCCCCGCGUUCUACACUCCCACCGGCGUCGGCACUUUCCUCGAGGAGGGCGGCUUCCCGAUCAAGUACAACACCGACGGCUCGGUGGCGAUUGCCUCGAAGCCGCGCGAGGUGCGCGAGUUCAACGGCCGCAAGUUCAUCAUGGAGGAGGCCAUCACCGGCGACUUCUCGCUCAUCAAGGGCUGGAAGGCCGACACUCGCGGCAACAUCGUCUUCAGAUAUACGGCCCGCAACUUUAACCCGCCCGUGGCGACGGCCGGCAAGAUCUGCAUUGCCGAGGUUGAGGAGAUCGUCGAGGCCGGCAGCCUGCACCCGGACGAGAUCCACCUCCCCGGAAUCUACGUCAACAGGCUCAUCAAGGGAACCGGCUACGAGAAGCGCAUCGAGAAAUUGACGCUGGACAAGGGCCAGCCGGCCAAGGGCGACGCGCCCAAGAACGAGGCUGCCAUCACCCGCGAGAAAAUCGCGCGCAGGGCUGCCCUCGAGUUCCAGGACGGAAUGUAUUGUAACCUGGGUAUUGGUAUUCCCACGCUGGCCUCGAACUACAUCCGCUCGGGCAUCCACAUCGAGCUCCAGUCCGAGAACGGUCUCCUCGGCAUGGGUCCGUUCCCCAAGCCGGGCAACCAGGACCCCGACCUCAUCAACGCCGGCAAGGAGACCGUGACCACUCUCCCCGGCUCGUCGAUCUUCUCGUCGGACCAGUCCUUCGCCAUGAUCCGCGGCGCGCACGUCAACCUGACCAUCCUGGGCGGCAUGCAGGUCUCGUCCAACGGCGACCUCGCCAACUGGGUCAUCCCCGGCAAGAUGGUGAAGGGUCCCGGAGGCGCGAUGGACCUCACCUGCUCUGGCUCGCGCGUGGUCGUCACCAUGGAGCACAAGGACAAGAGCGGCAAGCCCAAGAUCUUGAACCGGUGCAACCUGCCGCUCACCGCCCAGGGCUGCGUGAACCGCAUCAUCACCGAAAUGGCGGUGUUCGACGUGGACAGGAGCGGGCUGACGCUGAUCGAAGUGGCCGAAGGCGUCACCGUGGACGACGUCAAGAAGUACACCGAACCCGAGUUCAAGGUGUCCCCCAACCUCAAGAAGAUCGCCUACGCCUGA